AUCGAAGCGACGGAGGCGGAGUGGCGGGGCGAUCCCGGCCAGCUCAACUACUCCAGCGCUGGGCACAGUGCCGCACCGCGGAAAUCGCUUACUUUUCCACCUGUUCGUUAAGUUUUCUAGAUCUCCACGUUUUUCACGGCGUGUUAUAUUGCGAGACUGAAGGGUGCACUGUACAGUUUACCAGCUGCGAUGUCAGUUUUCAAUGAAUCUGUGCCGUUGGAGGAGCCUUUAUUUAUUUUGGAAAAUGGAGAAACCUACAGAAACCCUACAGAAGUAAAAAUGAGUCAGAUUGUGCUGCCUUGCCAUGCUACACACUGCAAUGAGCUGAGCGCCGGGCAGCUGCUUAAAUGGAUGGACACUACAGCAUGUCUAGCGGCUGAAAGACAUGCUGGGUGUCCUUGCAUUACAGCCUCUGUUGAUGAUAUACAUUUUGAACAAACUAUCAGCGUUGGUCAAGUUGUUAACAUUCAAGCCAAAGUCAACAGAGCCUUCAACAGCAGUAUGGAGGUUGGGAUUCUAGUGAGCUGUGAGGACCUGUUCAGUGGAAAGCAAUGGAGAAUUUGCAAGGCUUUUGCUACAUUUGUUGCAAGACGCACUGAUUCAGGGAAGGUACAGCUUAAGCAAAUUAUUCCAAAAACUCAAGAAGAGCAGUUAGAAUACAGUAUAGCUGCUGAACGAAGGAGGAUGAGAUUAAUUCAUGCAGAAAUCAUGAAAGACUUACUGAGCAGUGGCACCAUCCUUAAUGAAUACUCUGACUGCCAAGAAUGCAAAGAUGCUGUUCCAGCUGAAAAGACAAGGGUGGAAAGUGUGGAGCUUAUACUGCCACCUCAUGCCAAUCAUCAGGGGAAUACAUUUGGUGGACAGAUCAUGGCAUGGAUGGAGAAUGUAGCCACAAUAGCUGCCAGCCGCCUGUGCAAUGCAUAUCCCACUCUGAGGACAAUUGAUAUGUUUCACUUUCGGGGCCCUUCACAAGUAGGGGAUCGUUUGCUCCUGAAAGCUAUUGUCAACAAUUCAUUUAAAAACAGCAUGGAAGUGGGUGUGUGUGCAGAAGCAUAUCAGAGUGGAAAGCCUUUGAGACACAUAAAUAGUGCUUUCUUGAACUUUGUAGUACUAGAUGGUGGACAGCCUCGGAGUUUACCUCGAAUCAAACCAGAGCCUAUGGAUGGUAUACGAAGAUAUCGUGAAGCUAAUGCACGGAAGAAAAUCCGUCUUGACCGAAAGUAUAUUGUUUCAUGUAAACAAACUGAAGUGCCUUUGUCUGUUCCCUGGGACCCUAGUAAUCAGGUGUACCUUAGUUACAAUAAUGUUUCAGCUCUAAAGGUGUUGGCUGCUAAACGAAAUUGGGUUCUUAACUCUGAACAAAAUAAGGUUAGCCUGUAUACAUUGGAAGAGGAUAAUUUCCUUUUAUUUAAAGCAGAAAUGACUGUGAACGUGUCCGCUGAACAAGUGUUCUUCUUGCUGUCAGAUCUGAGGCGCAGACAUGAAUGGGAUAAUCAUUACCAGAAAUGUGACAUUAUAAACCUUGUUGAUGAUGAUGAUAUAAUUUACCAUGUUGUCACCCCAUCAACUGGUAAAGGAAGUCUUCCUCAGGACUUUAUUUUGCUGGCUUCAAGAAGACGCCCAUGUGACAAAGGUGAUCCAUAUGUAAUUGCACUAAGAUCAGUUACUCUUCCCACCCAUCCUUCCACUGAACAUUACACAAGGAGUGAGGUCCUCUGUGCUGGAUUUACCAUCUGGGAAGAAUCAGACUGUAUUACUAAGAUAAGUUACUAUAACCAAGCCACACCAGGGAUUCUACCUUACAUUGCCACUGACAUUGCUGGGCUGUCAUCUAGCUUCCACGAUAUAUUUACAGUUUGCAGCAAAUUUCUAGAAGAAAACAGAGAAGGAGCAUCUGUGACCAACUUAUAGACAGUAUAAAUAUAUUCUUUAUACAUAUCUGUAAAAUCUUACUCCUCAGAGUACAAGAAGUGGAAUUUUUUACCUUGGACCAUUUGCUUCAAACCAUCUACAGACUGUGGAAUGACCCACGUCAACUUUGAAGUUAAAUAUAUAUUUAUAUUGUAUAGUGGUAAGGUACGAGUGCUUGCCCAAUGUAUCUACCACCUAUACAUGUUUUUAUUUGUGCAUUGGUCACCUGUUUUGCACAAUGUAGCACUUAGAAAACCUGUGAUAGGAGUAUGUUAAUAGAGAAGUCAUUUAUUCAUGAAUUCUUUCAUAUUAGCACACUAAUUGAAAUUCUGCCACUGCUUUAAUUUACUUGAAUUUUGUCCAGAA